AUGCCAGAGUACUCUCUCGUGAGCACAGGCCUCUCCAGCGGGAUUGGAGCUUUUGCCAGAACCUACAUCGACAAAAACAGCGAGAAAUUUCAUCACGUACUGGUUUGUCGCGAUCCUGGCAAGGUAGUGAAGAAGGCCAACCUCACCACAGUGAAGUGUAAUCUAUCUUCCGUAGCAAGCACCAAACAGGCUCUUGAAGAAAUCGAAAGAUUGGUCCAAGAAGGAAAAAUACCACCAAUUAAAGUUGUUCUCUUCAAUGCUGGUGUCUCUCAUAUGACUCGCACUACCAGCUCAAAGGAUGGGUUCGAGGAAACGUUCCAUGUGAACGUGAUCUCACCUUAUCUCUUUGCCAGGCAGCUGAUUCCAUCGCUGGAAAAUUCCACAGAAGGCAGGUUUUCUGUCACCGGAAGUAACACCCAUUUUGGCGACUAG